AUGGCUCGCCCAGGCGCACCUUCGCGGUCUCACUCCCAAAGGUCGGACGAACUGUUUGCUGCCUUCAAUGGCCCCGCCGAGACGGAUCCAGCCCUGCCAGAUCAUGCCCAAGCUGGCUCCUCAACAUCAGCAGCUCCAUCCUCGUCCGUCGAUGUGUUCUUCGAUGCAGGAGAUGCGCUACCUGAACCGGAUGUUCAAUCUAGCAACGCUUCCGUCAAUGACCCUCUGGGAGCCAACCGUGCUGCCUCGAAUGCAUCUGCUGCCCCAACCCCCUCGACUUUCCGUCCACCUUCGCAAUUGGCUCGCUGCGGCAACACUCCGGCGUACGAUUUCGAGCGACCCGAAUACUUUCCCACCGCUACAAGGCGUCCACCACCCUCGUCGAACGCCACCAGUCCACGAGCCGAUCCUGCCGCCUUGGCAACUUCAGAUGCUACCAACCCUGACCAUCGCACAAUCGACAUGAGCUUUCAAAGCGCAAACGAUGCAGACGAUUCGCUUCACUCGGCCAGCAGCAGCAACGUUCAUCGAAAUGGUUACAGCUCCCUGCCUACUUCGAGUGGUGGUGGCGGCGUGAGCACCGACCCAUCCGAACACUUGUCCAGAAGCGAUCGUAUGCGCUUUGCUCUUGGCCGAUUUGGACGCUUUGUAGGAAUGGGUAUCCCUGGCGCUCGCUACACCUCUCUUUCCACCCAAGAUGGUAGCCGUGCAGGCGUUCAUCGACCCCGCGUCGUCGGUGGAGGUAUCGGCCAGGACGGCGUGUUUGCCAAUCUCAGCGCCAAGCCAGAGCGUCGUCGACGUGGCCAGCAUGGUGCAAGCGCUGAAGAUCGUGGCGACGAUGACGAUCUGGAAGAUGACAUGCAACCGCCUACUUACGAGAUUGCUGCCGCCGAUGCAGUGCCUCAGUACUGGGAGACCACCAUUCUCGGCGGCAGCGUGCAUCCACUUGCCAAUGGACUCGGAUGGACGCCCGGAGGUGCUCACGUGGGUGCCAUCGAGGACCUCAUCGUUGAGGGCCUGGCGGUUGGUAAUUUCUUCGGAUUCGCUUGGAACCUGCUGGUCUCCAUGACGUUCCAGUUUGUUGGUUUCUUGCUCACCUACCUGCUUCACACAACGCACGCUGCCCGAUGCGGCAGCCGAGCCGGACUCGGUGUCACGCUCAUUCAAUACGGAUUUUAUCUGCGCACAAGGGCUGCCGAGAUUGCUGAAGGCAAGAUCAUCGGCUCGGGCGAUUUCGGCGAAGGUGGGGUGGCUAUCUCACCUGGAGCCGGUGGUGGUGGAUGGUUCGAUGAGAAUCCCGAUGGUGGUGACACAGGAGGUACUAGGAGAAGGCGUGGAUGGAUUUCGCGCACUGUUCAAGCCGCGCAAUCCUCAGCGGAUGGCGCAACGCUCGCGGACCUGUUUGCUGCACAAGCGGAUGGCCAGCCGGUCAAUGUGGGAGACCAGAACAUCACUGACUCGAUGAGUCAAUCAACCGAGUGGCUGGCUUACGUGCUUAUGGUGAUUGGAUGGACCCUUUUGCUUUCGAGCACGCUCAGCUACUGGCGUAUUUGGCGUUGGGGCAAGUCGCUGGUCGAUGCUGCUCAUCGAGAACAAGAAUCAUCCACCAACAGCAACAAUGACGCGAGCACCGAGACUUCCUCUGGCGCGACGCCCGGCGCCACCAGCUUUGUCAAUCGUUUUCGCACCAUUUUUGGUACGCCGCACGGUGCAAGCGGGCAAGGAUCAGGUGAAGACUGGAUCCUGUUUCCCGGCGUAGGCCAUCGUCUUGGUCGCAACAGCCGUUCAGCUUCACGACAGCCAGACCGGUCCGGCGCCUCGUUUGACCACCCUACCAGCAUCGCCGACCUGGAAGAUGAAGAUGGAUUGGACUCACAAGAUGCACAGUUGAACCAGGCCGAGCGACGCUUGUUGAACGAUAUGCGUCGGGUCGGCCUCGUAUGA